UCAGUUCGUGUCGUACUCUCACCGGUCCCAUGGGCAAGCGCUCACGGAGCCCGAGCAGGGAGCAGGAGCUUUCUGCAGAGGGCCAGCUGACGCUGUUGCAGGUGGACUAUGAGGUGCUAAAGGUGGAGAACCGAGAGCUGCGCAAACGUCUCUUGCGGCAUCUGCGAAAGCCAAAGGGAAAGACGGAGAAGGCGACACCGGUGAAGGCAAAGGAAAAGCCCAAGGAAGAGAAGAAGGCGAAGAAGCCAGAGAAACAAGACAAGCGAGAGAAGCCACAGAAGCGUGAGAAGCCAGAGAAGCGUGAGAAGCUAGGAAAGACGUCGGAUGAGCCAAAGCCGAAGGCGCCCAAAGAGGCAGAGAGCGUGCCCGAGGCUGAGGCAGAGCCGGACACAAAUGCGGUACUCCUGGCGAAUGCGCAGAUGGAGGCAUACAACGAGCCCAUUCCGAACGACCUUCCCAAAGAGAAGCGCUCGCCUUUGGUGGAGGCAAAGCUUAAACGCUUCCUGGAGUCCUUCCACGAUGGGGUGCAGAUCAUUGACUUGAAGUCUGGAGGCGUAGUGCUCAAGGACAAGAAGAUGUUUCAGAAGCGCUUUGCUUGCGUCUUCCGGGAGUCUGGUACUGGCUUGCGCGGCACGUGCCUGAAGCGCUUCUAUUUCGACUCAAAAAGCCCAACGUACUGUCUGGACUUCGAGGACCACGAGAGCCUCGUCACCGCCAUGGCAGGGACUCCUCCUGAUGGCCGACUGGGGGUGCGCGAACCGCGCGAGGAACGCUUGGUGGUUCUCUACGAGGAGAAGGGCGGCAAGAUCACGCGGAUGUGGCUGAGGCAGGACACGGAGAACCUGGGGUUGGACCCCAAGGCGGGUGAAGAGGUCCUUGCAAAGAGCGAGGUUUACAAGCAGUUCGAGGAGAAACUGGAGGAGCUGAAAGGGGGCGACCUUGGAGAGCGCAUCUUCCACAACUACUAUGACAUGCCCUCUGUCGGCUGAGCAUGUAGCAAGAAC